AGCCUGUGCGGUCGCAGAGAGGAGGACUAACCGCUCCGGUCUGCACUUCUCCAAAUGCCACCGGACACCGACAGCGGCCACGGACCGGACGGACAUCAGCGGCGGGACCGCGACGCACGCGACUCACCGGGAACAUGGCGGCGGGAACAACAACCUGCUCCGUACCGUGUAGACGAUAAAUCAGAGAAACGACGCGGUUGGCGGGCUGGCAACGGAGGAGCAUCACUCAACACAGAGGCAAUGAAGGGAAACCUGAAGGCAGCAGCCUGUUUCUAAGCAACAACAAUAGCAACACAGCGUGCCGUUCAACACACACCAUGGGCUACAAGAUCCCUGGGGCGGCGAUGGACCGAGUCAGCCUGCUGUGGCGUCUGAGGCGUCGGGCUCGCCGUGGAGUUCUCUGCAUGGCCUUCUUCUGCAUCUCCAUGGCCCUGCUCUACGCCAUCUGUGCUGAAAACAGUGUGCCCGUCACUGACGCCAUCUUUGGUGUCCAGGCUCGGACACGGGCUCAGCCUCGUGCACACUCUGUCAUCAAGGUGCUGCGAGGCGGAGCCAAGCCCAUGUACAUCGACCCUCAGAAGCUCCCAGGUGUUGUCCCAGGUGACCCUCACCGUCCAAUCCCUGUCCUCUCCUCCCCAAACCACACCCAUGAAGCCGAGGAAGGGCUGUCAAAGCGGAAGCCGAGAGAGCGGGAGACCGCUGGGUUUUUCUCUCGUCUGCUGCCGCGCCCCUUCACGCGUGCCCUGGAGACCCUGUUUGGAGGCCGCCGCAGAGGGGAGCUGAGUGGCAGAGUGGGGGAUGCUGAGUUCUUCGGACCUCACGGGCUUUUGGGAGAGGUGUGGGAUGACGAGAUGUCCAGUAACAUGCUGGGAAGCAGACUGAGGAAGGUGGUGCAGAAUUACCAGGCAAUGAAUAAGUACGGAGUCGAGUUCUCCGGCCCUGGCGGAGUGUCUAGCAGGCCUAAGUUGAGUGGUCCUGAGCUUCUCUGCCAGAUGAAGGAGAAGGUAGAGGUCACAACUUUGACGUCUGACCUCCAGCCCUUCUCGUCGGUGCCCUGGGCCGCACAACUGCCACCAAACCAGCUGACCUCUGACCUGGGGCCGUACAGGAGUUGUGCUGUGGUGUCAUCAGCAGGGUCCCUCCGCAACUCUGGACUUGGCAAAGAGAUAGACUCUCAUGAUGCUGUGCUGCGCUUCAACGCCGCGCCGACCACUGGCUAUGAGAAGGAUGUCGGUUCAAAAACUACUAUCCGCCUCAUCAAUUCACAGGUGAUGGCAUCUGAUGACCAUCGCUUUCUGUCGAGCUCUCUGUACAGCUCGGGUGCUCUGGUGGCCUGGGACCCCGCCCCCUUCUCUGCUGACCUCACUCAGUGGUACAACAGGACGGACUAUCCCAUCUUCACCCAGUACCAGAGAUACAGGAGGGUUCAUCCUAUGCAGCCCUUCUACAUCCUGCAUCCUCGCUUUGAGUGGCAGGUCUGGCAACGAAUACAAGACAACAUGGCCGAGCCCAUCCAGAAGAACCCGCCUUCCUCUGGCCUGCUCGGCACUGUCCUGAUGAUGUCGCUGUGCGAGUUGGUGCACGUUUACGAGUUCCUGCCAUCCCGCAGGAAGACGGAGCUUUGCCAUUACUACCAGCGCUUCUAUGAUGCCGCCUGCACACUUGGCGCCUACCACCCUCUGCUGUACGAGAAGAACCUGGUCAAGCGGAUGAACCAGGGGUCUGACCGAGACAUCUACUCCCAUGGGCGCGUCAAGCUGCCUGGGUUCAGAAAGCUGAACUGCACCCAGGCUGCUGGAGGUUUACCCAACCAUUGACUGGGAAAUACAGGAAUAGUGAAGCACACAAACACACACACACACACACACACACACACACACACACACACACACGCACACACACACACACAAUGAGCAUGAAGACACGUUAACAUGAGGACAGACGCAUGAACACUUCAUUCUCACUGCCAGAACAAAAGGAACGCUGUGCCACUCACUAUAAAUACUACAUGCUGUUGCUAUAGGCUGUAAACAACUCACGUACAAACACACACACACACACACACACACACACAUUCACACACACACAAACUGGCGUCAACUGAUAGAUGUGCCUGCUGUUCACACAUAAUCUUAUGAGGAUGUUCCACUGAUACUGUUCAUCUCUGAAAUCAAUCUUUAAAGGACCAUGCCACUGUUUUUAAGGUUUACGGCAGUUACUUUAAUGUAUACUUUUAAGAGAAAUUAAUUAGCCAAGUCUUUUACAAAGCAUGCUACCAGGUUUUAGAUACAGUAUCUUUCAAACAAAAAUCAGCUCCUGCCCACCGUCAACACUUACUGGCAAAUUUAUGGAAGAGGUAAAAUAAAUAUAUACAAUGGGGCGUGAAAAAAUAAACUACAAUGUAGCCUUAAGUACUUAAAGUUGAUUAAAUAUGAAUGACCAAAAUCAAGAAAGAAAGACUUGAAACUUGAUUAAGAAACAUUAUCUGUCACAGUAAACAAAGGAUGUAAUUGCAUUGCCAUUUAAGUACAAGUCUAUUGUUAUUCUACAAAUCCCAUAAGAAGACCAGAAACAGAAGAAAUAAUAAGAAGAAAUAAUAUAUUAUGAUGAAUCCACCUCUGAGUAUUUAACCUGAGCUUUUUCUGUGGUAAACUCUUGCAUCCAUAAAUGUUCAUGAAUAUACUUUUAGUCUCUUAUUGCACCUUAGCAGUGACAAAAUAAACAAAAAUGAUGAUCUCUAAAAGGCUCAUUAUGCUCAACAUAAGAUAUACGGAGCCUUCUGUGUAUGUUCUGCACCCAGUACGUCCGUAUUCUGUGUUUUCCGAUGGCUUACGGACAUGCACUAAACGGAGCAGUAUCACCAGAAAUUGAGAUACUACAGUAGCCAAAGAACACUUUUAAAAAACAUGGCAUAAUCGAACAAAUCUAAAAUUUAGUGAAUAGAAUUCUCAGUCCAAAUGUCGUGAUGUAUUAAAUGGCCUUGCAGACCACUGCUGUCUACAACUUGUUAUUGUUACGACCUCCUCCACAGUUUGUUGAGGAGUGAAACUUUUGACUCUGCCCUCUAGUGCCAUAUUGGAUGUGUAGUAUAUGCCAACAUAAAUGAUGCAUGGAAGUAUGAGAGCAGUGCAGUUUACAAUAUUAAAAACGAACGACAUCUAUUUUUGUACGUAAACAGAUUACUAAUGAGCAUUACGCUUUCACACUUUCAUGUAUAUCAAUCAAGUCUGAAGUCUAAAUGCAAACAGCAGGCACUGGAAACUGCACAUCAGUAAUAUGACACACACAAUUUUGUGUUUUAUGGGACUGAAACAUGUCAAAUUAGUGGUAUGGUCCUUUAAUCUAAAUCUAAUCAUGAAACAAACCAAGUUCGUAAACCGAGCCCCCAGAGAAGUGGGUCUGUAGCCAAAUAAACCUCAUUCCUCAUCACACAUUACAAAACAACUACCACGCACACCUGUACAGAGAGGGCCUUUACAUUUUGUGUAUAUACUGUAAGAUAUUACACUGUGAGGCGCUACGCUCACUCUUUCACUCCCAUCUUGAUUUUUACUUUGAAACCAAAUCACAAAUGUUACUUUCCUUUUGAUUGUUGUUUCACAUUGAGCUCGACUGUCCUAAAAGGAGCUGCCUGUGGAGUAGUUUUUUCUUUGUUUUGUGGUAGUGCCUAGAUCAGUUUCUGGAUCAGUUUUUCACUGCCGAUAAUGCUUCCCUAACAUCCGAUCAUACUGAGGACCAAUCUGAUUCACUGCUGUUACUCAGCUCACUUUAAAUUAGUCUUGCGAGUUCAUAAAGACGUACAAUCAAAUGGCACAUAUAUGCAUGAAUAAGACAGAAAAUGCUGCGGUUUUGCUUUGGUUUCAGACAAGUUUCUUGUGGCUUGGAUUUUAGUUUGGGGAUUUUUUUUUACAGCUCUAUUUUCAGAGCUCGAUAAACACUUGGCUAGAAGUCAGCAGUUUCCUCCAAAUGUGAUUGCAUUUGUUCUCAGACUUUACUUACUGUGGUGAGUAGUCUCCACAACUCCACGCCACACAAAGGAGCCUGUGAGUCACAGUUAAAGUACGCCCACAUUAAGCUGGUUAAAUUUAAAAAUGCGUCUCCUCCUCUCCUC